CGUUUGACAUGCUAAACCAUGAGUACAUGGCGUCACCUUGGCUCUUUGAUGAAGAGGACGAAACUGAUGUUCCACAUAAAACGAAGAUUGCAUACGAAAGUUUGAUCCAUAUAACCGUAUCUUCUGUAAUGACCGAGGCGGCUGAACACUUCAGGCAACUUCUUCCAAUUAAGAUGAUGGAGGAACCAUGGAAUUUCAAUGACACCUAUCUGAAUGGCCUAAAGGGGUCUGCAUAUUCGUUAUAUCUCUACGACGCAGUGAUGAUGUAUCUACGAACAGUCAACUACACAUUAGAAAGGAAGGAAGAUCCUGCAAAUGGCACGUUAAUGUUUGAAAAUGCAAAGGCAAUUACAUUCAGUGGAAUGACUGGACAUGUUAAGUUGGAUCACGAUGCUGAAAGAGAACCAAAUUUCUGGCUGUGGCAUCUCUCACCAUCUGGUAAAGAGUUUACAUAUUGGGCUGUUAUAGAAAUGGAGAAGCCUUUGGGACAGAGAGUUAAUAUUGCAAUUGAACCUUUUUGGAAAACACGUGACCGCCGACCUCCCCCAGAUGUUCCAGCGUGUGGUUUCUAUGAUGAGUUCUGCACUAAAAAUAUGAAUAUGUCUGGUACAGCGGUUGUUGGUGUAACACUUAGUUCUACAUUAGGUAUUCUUCUUCUAGUUGGUUUUGGAGCAUUUCUUAUAUACAGGAAAAAGAAGCUAGAAGUUGAGCUGUUGAAAAAUGUUUGGCAGAUACAAUUGAAAGACAUAACAUUCCCUCAGACGAAGAAACAAGAUGGAUCGAUGCAUGGUGGAUCAGUCGACACAAAUAGUGAGCAAUUUGCUGAGAACAAUAGUUCAUCAAAGUCCAAUAAGAAUAUGGAUUUAGGUAACUACAAGGGUUUAACUGUGUAUCUGAAAUACUUAAGUAGCAAAGGAUCAGUUCUACUAUUAACAAAAGAAGACCACCAAGUCAUGAAAAUAAUGAAAGACUUGAAUCACGAGAACAUCAAUCAGUUUUUUGGACUCUGUGUCCAACCUGGGCAAAGUUUUAUUGUAUCGAAGUUUUGCCACAAGAAAAGUUUAAAGGAUAUUUUACAUAAAACUGAUGUGAAAUUAGAUUCUCUGUUCAAAUACUCACUAGCAACUGACCUAAUUGAGGGCCUGACUUAUCUUCAUUCUUCAAAGCUUGUGUCACAUGGAUCCCUAAAGAGUAGUAAUUGCUUGAUAGAUAGUAGGUGGCAGUUAAAGAUAUCAGGCUAUGGUCUAAGUAGAAUAACGAAAUCUAGUGGAGACAAAGAAUCUGAUUAUGGAGGCAAAAUAUGGACAGCUCCAGAAUUACUAAGGAUGACAAACCCACCUAGCCAAGGAACUCCUAAAGGGGAUUGUUACAGUUUUGCUAUCAUAUUGCACGAAAUUAUAUUCCGAGAAGAACCAUUCUCUACAAUUCGCUCCUACUUGACACCAAAGGAUAUAGUUAAACGGGUUGCACGAUCGGAGAAUCCCCCCUUUCGCCCAGCAGUGUCAAAACAUGCAGAGAUUGGACUUGAUAACAAGAUUUUAGAUGUAAUAUAUGAUGGAUGGCAAGAAAAUCCUGAAUACAGACCUUCAAGCUUGGAGAUAAGAAAAACAUUUACAAAAAUAAAUAAAGGAAGAAAAGUGAAUAUCUCAGACAGGGCAAUGAUGAAGAUGGAAUCAUACGCCAAUAAUUUAGAGGAGAUUGUAGAACAGAAAACGCAUGAACUUAUUGAAGAAAAGACAAAUGGGGAGAGAUUACUUCACAGUAUGUUACCGAGAGUUAUUGCAGACUCAUUAAAAGCAGGUAAAGGAGUGUAUCCACAAAAGUUUGACACGUGUACUGUAUUCGUUAGUACCCUCAUUGGCAUGGACUUCUUUACUCGCACCAGCUCUCCUUUACAACACAUGGAAUUGCUUCAUCAAAUAUUGUCACUCUUUCAUGAUAUUGUCAGCAAAUAUGAUGUUUAUAAGGCAGAAACAACAGGUUAUUGUUCAUUGGUGGUGAGUGGUGUUCCUGAGCAGAAUGACUCCACUGUUCAUAUUGUUGAAAUAGCAAAGAUGUCAAUCAUGCUUCAGAAGUCUAUUGCUGCUUUCAAGGUACCAAAUCGCCCAGACAGAAAGCUGGAAAUACGAAUAGGUGUGGACACUGGUCCAUGUAUUGCAGGUGUGCUGGGUCAUGAUGUACCAAGGUAUUGCAUUUUCGGAGAUACCGUCAACAUGGCUUCUGCUAUGGAAUGUACUGGAUUGCCUUCGAUGACACAUCUCAGCCCAAACGCAAAAGCUGCCCUCGCUCAACACAGUGAAUUCACAACUACAAAAAGAGAUAACAUUGAAAUAAAGGGGAUUGGUACGCUGACGACGUAUUGGCUUGGUGAAAAUAGUAACCCUGAGGAAUAACCUUGAUAAAACUACUAAAGGAACUGAUGGAAUAACAUAUCAACUUGCCACAAUGCCAUGAAAAUGACUUGAAACUCACAUCCAUCACACAUGAUAAUUAACACUGAACAACUGAGGAAUUAAACAUUCUGUAUUUAACCGAUAGUGUGGACGUUUUCGUACAAACCAUUACAACUACGUUUUUUGACCUGCUCAAGUUAAGAAGAACGUCAGUGUUACAUUUGUGAAUGUAUGUUUUCUUCAUUCAUAAAUGUAAACAAAUAUAAAAAAGGGGGCUAACUAGUAAACCAUAUUUACCUUCUGUAUCAAUAACUUUUAUUAAUUUACAAAUACCCAUACUGUCAAUUGGCAUCAGCACGUUCCUCGAUGCUUCACUCUCAAAGAUAUAUUCAUUUGUGUGUACUACAUCAAACAUGGUUCUUAGUAGCAACCAAAAACUUCCAAACGCCUUCCAUUUAGUUUUCAUGUUCUGUUGCAGAGCCUCUGUUUUCCAUUUUUGAAACAGUAAUAUAGACAGUACUUGAUUUAUAUAUUUUUUACAAAUCUAGCCAAAUCCCUUAAUUUACAGUGGAGUUAAACAGGGGUCCUUUUAUGAGAAAGAACUCCUCACAGAAAUCCAAUUCAUGAAUUUACUGAGAUAUACUCUCUUUAUAAGUAA